AUGGAGUUUGAAAAAACCCAAUAUCACGGGCCGUUAAUCGUACCGUCGCAGAGACUAAGCUGUGGAUUUCAUAGUCACCUCGUGCAACAAAGUUGGUGGGUGAAUUUCCUUCUCCUAGUACAUCAUAUCACAUGUAACACCCAUCAAAGUCCCAAACAUUGGAGGUUUCCAUAUCACAUGAACUUCUCCAUCUUAAUGUGUAUUAUCAAAGGAUGGGAAGAGAAAUUUAUUGUUGAAAUAUAUAAAAAGGAUAUAUUGAACACACGCCUGCAAUUAAUAUCGAGUCGUUUUGCAAAAAACUUUAAAAACGCAAAUGUGAAAGAACGAAAGUAUAGCACAUUAAUACCAAAACAACGUAGACAAAAGGGAUGGAAACGUUGCCAGAGUAGAAGGGAGAAGACAAUACCGCCACCACCAAUAUUUUCACUCAACAGUGAAACCCCAUUAUCAUGCAAAUCAAGUUCCUUAGUGCUGUCGACCUCAUCUCAAGCUGAUACACAUCAGAAAUAA